UUUCUCACUACAGACCUCUGCUUACUACAUAACAAGCUGCAGUCAUCCUUAUGAAACGCAAAUACUGGACUGUGUCCACUGUUAGGGCGACUAAAGAGCGAAUUGUGUAGAGAAGCUGCGCGUAUUAAAAUGUCCUUUUACAGGAAUACUGUGUGGUUUGUCAAAGGACUCCAGGAGUAUACAAAGAGUGGCUAUGAAGCAGCAGCAAAGCAUUUUGUUCCAGCUGACCUGGAUGUAAACUUGAAUGGAAGGUCCUUCAUGGUGACAGGUGCCAACAGCGGGAUAGGGAAAGCCGCAGCGCAGGAAAUCGCUAAGAGAGGGGGAACGGUUCACAUGGUGUGUCGAAACAAGGGGCGAGCAGAAGCAGCCAAAGGUGAAAUCGUUGAAAGCAGUAAAAAUGAGAAUGUUCACGUCCACAUUGUUGACAUGUCGAGCGCGAGGCAAGUGUGGGAGUUCGCGCAGAGCUUCUCACAGAACAACACACUGCAUGUGCUGAUCAACAAUGCAGGCUGUAUGGUCAACCAGAGAGAAUUAACUGAGGAGGGUUUGGAGAAGAACUUUGCCACAAAUACAUUGGGUACAUACAUCCUCACCACUGCACUGAUACCUGCACUGAAGAAGGUCGAAGACCCGAGAGUGAUUACUGUCUCCUCGGGUGGCAUGCUCACACAGAAAUUGGACGUGGACGACCUCCAAUUUGAGAAGGGGACAUUUGACGGCACCAUGGCCUACGCUCAGAAUAAAAGGCAGCAGGUGAUCCUGACAGAAAGAUGGGCUGCUCAGCACAAAGAGAUCCACUUCUCCAGCAUGCACCCUGGCUGGGCAGACACACCAGCGGUCCAGACCUCCAUGCCUUCAUUCCACGCUAGGAUGAAGUCCAAGCUGAGGACGGAGGCCAUGGGAGCUGACACCGCGGUGUGGCUCGCAGUGUCCGCAGCAGCCGCCAAGCAACCGAGCGGGCUCUUCUUUCAAGAUCGUAAAGGGGUGGCGACACACUUGCCCCUCGCCUCCUCCCAGUCAACACCGCAAGAGGAGGAGAAGCUUCUGGCAGCGCUGGAGGAGUUUGCCCAAAAGUUCAAACCUUAAUACCUCAAUAAACACUUUCUGUAAAAGGAAAAAAAAACCAAGCACUCCUCACAGAUUAUUACUAAUGUUUACACAAUCUUUUUUUAAUAUACAGAAAAGCUUCGACCUCCAAGAACAACCUUUAGUUAAAAUAAAGAAAAUUUAAAAAAAACAAAACAAAACACAAUCUAGUGAAGUAAAUACGGUUGUUUAUGGAAAGAUGACUUGUACUUUAUUUUUGCUCCUUGGUUAAUCAAAAAAAA